AUGGGUACAAACAACGAUUUAAUUACAGACAAAUUCAAAUUUAUCAUGGAACAUGUACAUGAUAUGUUCGAAAAAAAUGAUUUUGUUGCAAUAAAAAAUUCAGUAUCUGGUGCUGGUCUUUAUGAAAUUAUCAGUCAAACGUCUACUGGUCGAUAUUAUUAUGAUAAUAUUACUAUUCAAGUACAAGCACGACGAAAAAAAAAUGAUAUAUUUUUAACGGAUCUAAGACAACUGAUCAUGGGAUAA